GCUUGAAAUCUACGCUCCUCCCUCUUUCAGAGCCUUGCUGCUUUUCAAAGUCGCAUGCCCCGGCGUUCCCUCGCAUUCGGUCCCCGUCCCUCUCCCUCUCCCUCUCCCUCUCCCUCUCCCUCUCUGUACAUUUUCUCCCUCAAAGGCUCAAACGCUACUGUCUGGCUGCACCCAAAUCCAUUGAGCGGUGACUUGAGAUCGGCUUCCACAGAUUUUCCGAUUGAUACCUAGAGUUGGAGAUAAAGGUGAUGUCUGCUGGUUUAAGUGCGGGUACAAACCCUGGCAAUCCCAACAAGUCAUUUGAGGUAGUACAGCCACCAACAGAUGGUGUUUCCAGCCUUAGCUUCAGCCCUAAAGGCAAUUACCUUGUUGCUACCUCUUGGGAUAACCAGGUAAGAUGCUGGGAGGUAAACACAAGUGGAGGAAGUGUACCAAAAGCAUCAAUCUCGCAUGACCAGCCGGUACUUUGUUCGGCUUGGAAAGACGAUGGGACUACUGUUUUUUCAGCAGGAUGUGAUAAACAAGCUAAGAUGUGGCCUCUCAUGGCUGGAGGGCAGGCAACAACAGUUGCAAUGCAUGAUGCGCCUAUUAAAGAGAUAGCAUGGAUCCCGGAAAUGAAUGUUCUUGUUACUGGAAGCUGGGACAAAACUCUCAGAUACUGGGAUACUAGACAGUCGACUCCAGUGCACACUCAACAGCUUCCAGAUCGCUGCUAUGCUAUUACAGUUCGUCAUCCUCUCAUGGUUGUUGGCACUGCAGAUCGAAAUCUAGUUGUUUUCAAUUUGCAAAAUCCGCAGGCCGAAUUUAAGAGAAUUACAUCACCUCUCAAGUACCAAACUAGAUGUGUGGCUGCAUUCCCUGACAAGCAAGGAUUUUUGGUUGGUUCAAUUGAAGGAAGAGUUGGCGUUCACCAUUUGGAUGAUGGGCAGCAGUCCAAAAACUUCACCUUCAAGUGCCAUAGAGAAGGAAAUGAAAUAUACUCUGUGAACUCUUUAAAUUUUCAUCCUAUACACCAUACAUUUGCAACUGCUGGAUCUGAUGGUGCGUUCAAUUUCUGGGAUAAGGACAGCAAACAAAGGCUGAAGGCUAUGGCAAGGUGCAACCAGCCUAUACCAUGCAGCACUUUCAAUAGUGAUGGAUCCAUAUUUGCAUAUGCGGUUUGUUAUGACUGGAGUAAAGGGGCAGAAAAUUACAAUCCUGCAACAGCGAAGACAUAUAUUCUACUCCAUAUGCCACAGGAAGCUGAAGUUAAAGGAAAGCCACGAACUGGAACAGGGCGUAGAUAGCUUUUCAAUCCAUGAAAAAUUGUUCUGCAGUCUUGCAAUAGGAAUGCUGUGUUUUCCAUUCUAAAUGUUCCUCUGUUUAGAUAUUGGUUAUAACCUGCCACCUCGCUUAGGCAAUUAUUUUGUGCCGAGUAAUUUCUGUAACGAAUUGAUGUCUUGUUAGUUCUUUUUUGUCUUUGUUCAUGAUAUGGAAUCGCCUAUUUUUAA